UCGAGCGGAGCAGGACGCCCAUUGAGAAGCGCAUGUACUGGCUCAAACGCCCCUACCAGUGCGACUCUCGCCGGGUGCCACAGGAGUGGAACAUCUCCUACGACCUGGAGAGGAGGAUCAGUGUUAGCAGCCAGAACUACGACGGAGGCGCAGAGUCUGAUUUCUCCUCUUUUUCUGAGAACGAGAACAUAUCAGACCAGGAGAUGGAUUUAGUCGACAGAGUCGGCGUGGGCAAAGACAAGUGUGUGAGAGCAUCUGGCAAGUCGUCAAGAGACGGUAGCAGGAAAAACAAUGUCAUCAGUAUUAAAAACAGUCCAGAUUCACAGCGGGCGCUGCGCUACCCGGCGGGUGUUUAUGGGGCGCAGGGAUCGCCAAAAGCGGAAAAUGUUCUGCUGGGGAGGCGCGGUGCUAAAAUUACGAGUAAUGUCUGUCAAUCAUCAGAAUCUCUGGCAAAGUCCCAGGAGAGAUUCCCCCAGCGAUGCUAUGACAGUCCUCUCUCUGACACACCUGUGCAAGACAACGGGGUCAUUAUGCGCAACAGGCGAUGGCUGGAGGAGGAGAAUGUCAGACAUGUGGAGCCGCGUCAGAUCCAGCGUGUUGCCGACAGCAGCUGCGCUCCGUCCAGACAUCCGUCGCUGCUGUACCGAGGAAGAGGUGAGGAGAGCUCCAACGCUGCGCUGUCCUCUGUUGGCACUGUUGCCAUCACUCCACAGUACAGCAUGACUGUUCCCAGAGAGAGUAAUAACUCUGACAACUCUGAUGAAGAUGAGAUUAACAUCACAAGUGAUGAUGACAGAGACAUGUAUGACAGAAAAACAGGCCCAGCAACUCAGCUUAAAGCUACCCCAGAUGUUUCACCCAGAAAGAGUGGGCAGCAGCAUCAUCGCCACACUAGAGACUCCAGUCCAGAGGAGUGUGUGUGUUACAUCUGUGGCACUGGGCUCAGGCAUGGCGGUCGUUUUAAAGUCAGUGUUCAGAAACAGGAGAGAGCUCAGGGAGAGCCCUUCUUUCCCUUCUUGUGGCUUCACUCUGCUCCCAGGGGUGCAGUGCCUAUCAGUCCAGCAGGUACGACCCUGGUCUGUGGGAGCUGCCACACCUCCCUCAUGCAGCAGUGGCAGAGCUUCCAGCUGGCUGAUGUUCCUGUCCUCCAACGGCUGUAUGUCGUCCCCCUCAACCAGUCCAGCGGUGCUCUCCAUCCUUCCCAGCCUACUUCACAUGACGGAAAACCUCCUGGGUCCAUGGAGCACACACCAGAACCUAAGUCUUCCCAGGAGGCCUGUUUCCUCUGUGGUCAGGAUUGCAGAGGAGAUAUGAGAGUAGCUUAUGCACAAGCUGGUGUUGGUAAAUCCCGUGGUGUGAUGUAUUUUCCUUUUAUCAACAUGCUGCCUUGCCCACCUAAUGCUCAGGGAGUGAGGAACGGCCGUGUACACUGCUGCCCACAGUGCCACUUUAUCCUGGAGGAGAUCUGGGGAGCAUAUCGGCUCAGCCUCAGUGAGGACCUCAUCACCUCUGUCAGCUCCUUCCUGGUCAGGUACCACGCUGCCAUGUCCAUCGAUGGGUCUGGACCAGCCCACUCUCAGACAGGGGUGACAUCGCGACCCAGCACCUCCAUGUCAGUGUGUUACCUGUGUGGGGCUGAGCUGUGUGCAGGAGGGGAGUACCAGCUGCAUGUCAACCCGCCUGGUCGCUGUGGGGAGAGGGAGCCUUUUUUCCCAUUUCUCACUGUCCACACUCCCGCUCCCCACGCCAAACCAGUGGAUGCCACAGGUCUGGUGUCGGCCUGUAACCUUUGCUACCAUGACCUGCAUGCUCAGUGGGCCCAACAUGAGAGUAAGGGCCUGGGUCCCUCCACCCCGUCUACCUCUAGCUUAUCCAGUGCCAACCCCCAGCCACCCAGCUCCCCUUGGGCCCGUCAGUACAGCUGUGAGGCUUUUGUGUGUUUCUUCUGCAGGCAGGAGCAGCGCAGGCAAGGCAGGCUGUGCGCGGUUACUGUGGCCAGGCUACCCGUGUUUUUGUACGCCCCUCGCAGCACACGCACGCUCCUGGUGGACGACGGCAGGAGGCUGGUGAUUGGCUCUUGUGUGGAAUGUAAGGCAUUGGUACAGGUGGGACAGAGCAUGCAGCAGGACAGGGCAAGCCUGGGACCUGGAGCAUCAGACGGGGAGAGGAAAGACCAGGAAUCAGCCACACCACAGUCUAGACAUAAGGCUGUGAUCGAGGGUGCAGCUGGAGCCAUAAAGGAGGCCGACUCAGGUUCAGGGCCCUCACAACCUGCAGGCGAACACACUCCUUCUCGCCCAGUGACAUUGGAGCCAGAGAGAGCUGACCGCCCACUUUCCAGCAUGAGCCAUGAGCCAAAGUCACCAUCGUUAGGAAUGAUCUCCACGGCGACCCGUACCACGGCGACGGUCAGCCCACUCACCCCGUCGCCUCUCAACGGCUCCAUCGUAGCCAAUGGAAGCCCAGCUGCCCAGUCAGCUCACUCUGGAUUUGCUGCUGCCCUCCGUAAGCUGGCAAAACAGGCCGAAGAACCUCGAGCUGCGUCCUCCAUCAGCAGCGAGUCAUCACCUGUGUCCUCACCGGCCACCAACCACAGCUCUCCAGUCAGUACACCCAAAAGGGGUCCCCUCGGUCCAGGACCCGUCCUGGUUCCCCCAGCGGGCCACAGUGUGCCAAACACUCCACCUGUAGUCACCAUUGCUCCAACAAAGACUAGCAACGGCCUGUGGAGGAACGAAGGACGCCAGGCUGACUCGGGGCCUCGUGGGGCCAGCAGGGAACGUCUGGGUGCAGAGGGAACCCUCUCCCAGGAAAAGGGUGGCCCCUCCGUCCCCGCUCACCUCCUGGGAAACCCCUAUGCCUUUGGUCUCACCCCCGGUGCUGUCAUGCAGGAUUCACGUUUUCAGCCUCUUAACCUGCCCAGACAGUUGCCUAAUGCGGUGCCUCCUGGCCCUGUACCAGAGGAGUACCUGCGGGGUUUCCGGCCCUAUGCCACGACUGAGGAUGUCCUACGGAUGCCCUCUUUGCCCUUGGGCCUGGACCCAAGCUGCUGCAGCUGCGUACUACCAUCCAGCUACCUGCCUCACCCCUCCUUCACGCCAUACAGGAUGGAUGACCCGUUCUGCCUCUCUGCUUUGAGGUCGCCUUUCUAUUCGCUGCCAGCAGGGGGAGCUUUACCCCUCCAUCCCUCUGCUGUUCACAUGCACCUUCCAGGGGUCCGUUACCCUGGAGACUUUACACAUCCCUCACUGUCAGCACUGCAGUCUGAGAGGCUUCAGCUGGAGGAUGAGCUGCGGCAGCGGGAGCGGGAGCGUGAACGAGAACGCGAGCGUGAAAAAGAGAGGGAGCGCGAGGCGGAGAGAGAGAAAGAGCGGGAGAGGGAACGAGAGAGGGAAAGGGAACGGGAGAAGGAGCUGGAGAGGGAAAGAGAGCGAGAGAGAGAACGGGAGAGGGAGAGAGAACGGGAGAAGGAGAGAGAGCGAGAGAAGGAGCUGGAGAGACAGAAGGAGAGGGCACUGAGGGAGAAGGAGCUGCAGGCGUCCAAGGCCAUGGAGAACCACUACCUGGCUGAGCUCCAUGCCAUGAGAGGACAGGAGGGAACGAAACCAAGCCUGAGAGGACUAACCCCUAAUCGGGCUGACAAAACCAAAGAGCCCGCUCUUCCAGCUCCCAAACCUGUCCCACCAGGAAUGCACUCUUCAGUGGUCCAAUCACAUCAUCCUGUCCCUGGUCUAAUACCAGGUCACCUCUACAUGGGGCCCAGUACUGUAGGAACAGGGCUCACAGCCUCAAUGAUCACUCAGAGGACCAAUGAGGAGGAGAGGUGGUUGGCGCGGCAACGUAAGUUGCGGCAGGAGAAAGAGGAUCGUCAGUACCAGGUGUCUGAAUUCCGCCAGCAGGUUCUGGAGCAGCACCUGGACUUGGGCCGACCAGCCGACACGCCUGAUCACAGGACAGAUUCACACAGAUCCAUACCAAAUCACCUUGAACCAGGAAGCCGGGAACUCCACCCUCACUUAGGCGCCCCUCCGCCCCUCAUCUCCCCCAAACCUCCACAGCCGCCACGUGACCACCACCCUCCGCCUCCCACCACCCUGUGGAACCCUGCAUCUCUUAUAGAAACAGCCUCAGAGUCUAGACGCAACCACGAGCCCUCAGGGAUGGGACACUAUGAGCUCAGUCGGCUGCCUCCAGGGCCUUCCAAAUAUGAGGAUAUACCCCGAAGGAGAGAUGGGGGAGCUAUGGAAAAAUAUCCCCCUCUGAGAGGUCCUCCAGGUCUGCCAGAGCCCAGCACAUUCCUUGCUGAUCUUGAGAAAUCCACGCAGACAUUCUUAAGCCAGCAGAGGGCAUCGCUGUCUCUGUCCAGCCAGUAUGAACUGGAGGGAACCAUAAAAAGCAAUGCUGGACUAAAGAGCCUGCAGGGACACCCGGGGCACAGUAGACAUGGACAAGGGUUAGGAAUGGUUCCUGUGCCAGGGAUGGGACAAGUAACCACGCUGGGGAUGGGUCCGGACACAAUGCUGAUAUAUGAUGAGUUCCUUCAGCAGCACCGGAGGCCUGUCAGCAAGCUGGACCUGGAAGAGAAGAGGAGAAGGGAGGCCAGGGAGAAAGGUUACUACUAUGAGCUGGAUGACUCAUAUGAUGAGAGUGAUGAGGAGGAGGUGAGAGCCCAUCUCAGAAGAGUAGCAGAGCAGCCCCCACUCAAGCUGGAUGACUCCACAGAGAAAUUGGACUUUCUGGGAGCAUUUGGACUGACCACAAUGGGCCGGCGGGAUGAGCUGGUGCAACAGAAGAGAAGGAAGAGAAGGAGGAUGCUCAGGGAGCGCAGCCCCUCGCCACCCGCCUUGCAAUCGAAACGCACUCCCCCUCCUCCUCAGCUCAGCACGCGUUUCACCCCCGAGGAGAUGGACCGAGCACCAGAACUGGAGGAUAAGAAGCGGUUCCUCACCAUGUUUAGACUGUCCCAUGUCACAAUACAGCAGAGAAGAGAUAAUGAAAGGGUAGUGGAGCUGCUUCAGGCCAUUAAAGAAAAGAGUGUAACCUUGGAUACCAUCAGACAUGCACCUCAUCCGCUGUGUAAGAGCCCUCAAGCACAGAACUCUGAUCCAGCAUUUGGCCAGCCUCCCUCUGAAUCAGAAGACCACCACAAUGUCAGACCACAUAGCCCCUCCUCACAUUGCCCAGCAUCCCCCAAUGGACACCCAAAACCCCUUGGAGACACAUUAAGACCAAAGGCACCCCCUUCUCCAGCUGUCUACCCAGACAAGGCCCGGGGGCCCAGUGAGGGACCGAUCUCAAAGAGGAGCUCCAGCCUACUGAACAGCUUGCGGCCCCCGCUCCCCCUGCAGGCUAAAGAGGGUCUUCACAGCGUCAACGGACGCACAAAACCCUGGGACGGCUUCACCCCAGAGGAAUUUGCCCAGCAGUUCCACGAAUCUGUGCUUCAGUCCACUCAGAAAGCUCUACAGAAACACAAAGGUGGAGCCAUAGGGGCUUCGGAGUCGUCCCACCUCCAGGAGUCCUCUGUUCACUACAACAUUCCAGAGCUUCAGAGCGCUCCCGGCCGACCGCCGCAGCCUCAUUCACAGUCUCACUCAAAUGCUCCGUCAUUUCCCCAUCCAAUUUCUCACUCUCACCCUCAGCCCAAUGGGCAGCACUUCUCCGUGCCCUUACACAGGGAGGCCUCAGGGAUGAGGGAGGACCUGUCUGGUCCAGAGGACUCUGAGGACUCUGAGGAGGAUGAGGAGGAGGAGGUUCCAGUUUCCAAGUGGCAGGGGAUUGAAUCUAUAUUUGAAGCUUAUCAGGAAUAUGUUGAAGAGCAAAGCUUGGAACGACAAGUGUUGCAGAGCCAGUGUCGAAGACUAGAAGCUCAGAACUACAACCUCAGUCUGACUGCUGAGCAGCUGUCUCAUAGCAUGGGGGAGCUGAUGUCCCAGAGACAGAAGCUGGCUGUGGAAAGGGAGAAGCUACAAGCCGAGCUGGAGCACUUCAGGAAGUGUUUGACGCUGCCACAGACACACUGGCCGAGAGGCGGCCACUACAAAGGCUACCCUCCAAGGUGACCCCAACACACCGAUCUGAUGGCCCCCAGGCCCCAGCCACCUCCCCUUUCAGACUAACACCCAGAGUUUAUUUUUCAUGGCCUGGUCCUCAUAGCUCCAUGGCGGAGAAUAUGGCUGGCUAGAUGAGAUAAGUGAAUGAAUGAAUGGAGUGAGUGAAUGGAUAGAUAAGUGAAUGCACAGGAGACAGGACCAUUCAGUGAAGGACAGGCAGUCUUUUGGAUUGUGGCUAGCCAGGGACUGCACCACAAGCCACUACCGUGUGCCAAUGUAGCCAACCCUGAGAUCAGCGAGAGUACAGGGCAGUAGAACCUGAAGAUCAACACACAAAGGCACCUGCUUUUCACAUUCUUCAGUCCCUGCUGCUCUAUUGUUCAGUCCCUGCAGCCCUCGUCGCCACAGCUACACAGACAAUCCUGCCAAUGAGGGGGCAGCUACCCCUGGAGGGGUGUCGUCACAAGACUUGAAAGCUCCAAAUCUCCAAACAAAGGCUUCUGGUCAGUUCGGACUGAUUUUAUAACAGUGGCCAUGUGAGCUUUUGAACUGGAAAUGCACUUAUGAAUAAAAGCUGAAGAACUA